AUGUCCAAGGUGCCGAGGGGGCGGCUGCUGCUGCUGUGGUGGAGCCUGGUUCUGGCUUGGCCUGGCGAAGGAUCCCAGCGCAGUGAGCCCAUGUUCACAGCCGUCACGGACCAUGUCCUCCCGCCUGACUACGACAGCAACCCCACGCAGCUCAAUUAUGGCGUGGCCGUGACUGAUGUGGACCAGGAUGGAGACUUCGAGACUAUCGUGGCUGGGUACAAUGGGCCCAACUUGGUGCUGAAGUAUGACAAGGCACGGAGGCGGCUGGUGAACCUUGCAGUGGACGAGCAUAGCUCCCCGUACCAUGCCCUGCGGGAUCGUCAAGGCAAUGCGAUUGGUGUGACUGCAUGUGACAUCGAUGGAGAUGGGCGAGAGGAGAUCUACUUCCUCAACACCAAUAAUGCCUUCUCUGGUGUAGCCACCUACACAGACAAGCUGUUCAAGUUCCGCAAUGGGCGCUGGGAGGACAUCUUGAGUGACGAGGUGAAUCGGGGUGUGGCCAGCCGGUUUGCUGGGCGCUCGGUGGCAUGUGUGGACAGGACGGGCUCUGGCCGCUACUCCAUCUACAUCGCUAACUAUGCCAAUGGAAGAGUUGGCCCCCACGCCCUCAUCGAGAUGGACACAGCCGCCAGCGACCCCAAGCGUGGCAUCGUGGCUCUGAAUGAUGUGGCAGAGGAGGCUGGUGUCAACAAAUUGACAGGGGGUCGGGGUGUGGCUGUGGGGCCCAUCCUGAGUGACGCAGCCUCAGACAUAUUUUGUGACAACGAAAAUGGGGCCAACUUCCUCUUCCAGAACCAGGGUGAUGGGACCUUUGUAGAUAUGGCAUCAAGUACCGGCCUGGAUGACCCCUACCAGCAUGGUCGUGGCGUGGCCCUGGCUGACUUCAACCGCGAUGGGAAAGUCGACAUAAUCUACGGCAACUGGAACGGACCACACCGGCUCUAUCUGCAGAUGAGUGUGGGUGGGCGGGCCCGCUUCCGGGACAUUGCCACGCCCAAACUGUCCAUGCCAUCACCCGUCCGCACCGUCAUCGCUGCUGACUUUGACAAUGACCAGGAGUUGGAGGUCUUCUUCAACAACAUCGCCUAUCGUGGCUCGUCUGCCAACCGCCUCUUCCGGAUUUCUCGCAGAGAACAUGCUGACCCAGCCAUUGAGGAACUGAACCCUGGUGAUGCCUUAGAGCUGGAAGGGCGUGGCACAGGGGGUGCAGUGGUGGAUUUUGAUGGCGAUGGGAGGCUAGAUCUGAUUUUGUCCCAUGGCGAGUCUAUGGCACAGCCACUAUCAGUCUUCAGGGUCAAUCAGGGUGAUGGAAACAACUGGCUGAGAGUGAUCCCACGUACACGGCAUGGAGCAUUUGCUCGUGGCGCUAAGGUGGUGCUCUUCACACAGCACAGUGGUGCCCAUCUGCGCAUCAUUGAUGGAGGGUCUGGGUACCUGUGUGAGAUGGAGCCUGUUGCCCAUUUUGGCCUGGGACAGGAUGAGCCCAGCAGCUUGGAAGUGACCUGGCCAGAUGGCAGAUUUAUCAGCCGCACUGUAGCGAAGAGCGAGACCAAUUCUGUGCUGGAGAUUCCCUACCCCCAGGACACAAAGGGUUCACCUCCUGUUGUACUUCCACUUGAGUGUGGCCAAGGAUUUGCUCAGCAUGAGAACGGGCGCUGUGUUGAUAUGGAUGAGUGUGUCGAGUUUCCCUUUGUCUGUCCACGAGACAGGCCCGUCUGCAUCAAUACAUAUGGCGGGUACCGUUGCCGCAGCAACAAGCGUUGCAACCGAGGUUUCGAGCCCAAUGAGGAUGGCACAGCUUGUGUUGAGCAAGUGGCCUUUUUCGGUGGAUACCCUUCUUCAGGGAGCUGGCUGGGCCCCAUCUUGCCUUCAGCCCCUCUCCUUCCACUUUGCCUCGGACUCUGCUUUCAUUCCUAUGCACUUUAAGCCUUGCCAAUAAAGGACAGAAGCAGCCUUUA